UCCCCGGCGCUCUUCUCGCGAUAGCGCGCCGGAGCCGUUUUGACAGGCAGUCGAGGUUGCAGCAGGCAGAGGGAGACGGUGGAAGGAAGGUAAAGCAGGGAAGGCAGCAUCAUGGCGGACAGAGACAGCGGCAGUGACCACGGAGGGCCUACCGCAGGCCCUGGCUCGCUGCCGCCGGGUGCGGUGGGAGCCAUGUCCCGGCUGCAGCACGACACCGAGGAGCUCGCCUCCAAGCGUGUCGACAUCCAGAACAAGCGAUUCUACCUUGACGUCAAGCAGAAUGUUAAAGGACGCUUCCUAAAGAUAGCCGAGGUCGGCGCUGGGGGGAACAAGAGCCGCCUCACGCUGUCCAUGUCGGUGGCCGUGGAGUUCCGCGAUUAUCUCGGCGACUUUAUCGAACAUUACGCCCAGCUGGGCCCGAGCAACCCCGACUUGGUGCAGGAUGAGCCCCGGCGGGCGCUCAAGAGCGAGUUCUUGGUGCGGGAGAAUCGGAAAUAUUACAUGGAUCUGAAGGAGAACCAGAGGGGGCGGUUCUUGAGGAUCCGGCAGACCGUUAAUCGGGGGCCCGGACUGGGAAGCUCGCAAGGCCAGACCAUCGCUCUGCCGGCGCAGGGUCUCAUCGAGUUCCGCGACGCUUUGGCCAAACUCAUCGACGACUACGGCGUGGACGAGGAUCCGGCCGAGCUCCCGGAGGGCACCUCGCUCACGGUGGACAACAAGCGCUUCUUCUUCGACGUGGGCUCCAACAAGUACGGCGUGUUUAUGCGGGUCAGCGAGGUGAAGCCCACCUACCGGAACUCCAUCACGGUUCCGUGCAAAGUGUGGUCCAAAUUCGGCAACACCUUCUGUAAAUACGCGGAGGAGAUGCGGAAGAUCCAGGAGAGGAGUCGAGAGAAACGGGCCUCGGAACUGCUACCCGAGGGGCCGCACGGCGCAGAUGACGGCGACGACGACUGACUGGACUGUCGGAGGCAGGACGCGAAACAAAACUGAGAACUCGUAAGUGUCAAGUGAGUGCAAAGAGAGAAGAUCUCCAAGGGAAUCACCCCCACCCCCAAGCCACCCGCUCCACACACACACACACACACACAAGCAACACCAUUUGACUGGAUGUCACCCACUUUAUCACCAUGUCACAGUAAGCGCUGCUAUCAAGGACUUUAACUGUAACAUUUAAACUGUUUCUUACUUGAUUUCAGUGGCAAUGAACAGUGUUUAUAUCUCUGUCGAAAGAUUUUGCACAUGUCAAAAGCUAUUUAAAAAAACAAAAUUAAAUCAUAAUAAUCAAACUAUACUAAAGAUUUCACCUGAAAUGACAACACAGCUCUAUUUACGUAAAGAUAACAGUCUUCUCAUCGAAUGCCUAUUUGACAUCAGCACAAAGAGCAUAUUUAUCGACUAUAUCCCUAAUGUAUAGUUUCAUAUAGAGGUACGCAAACUAAAUAUGGAAGCGCUCUACAGGUGUGUGACCUGCAGAAUGGCAAAAAUCUGUCUGCAUGCUUGUAGGCUCGUGUUCUGAACAGAGGUUUGGUAAAAUAGGCUAGAGCCUUUAAUGUGACCUAAAAAUGUCUAAUUAAAGCAUUACUAUUAUGCCUAAAAUAAUAAAAACUCCAGCUCUUAUGCGUAUCAAACAAAUGGGAUAAGUCUAUCUCCGUACUAUCAUAAGGAUCCGACCCUCUUGCACCAUCUCCAUGGAAAUUUCAGUGAAAAAAAGUGCUAACCUAGAUGAACUAAUUAUGAUUUUGUGAAUCAGCUGUAAAAAGAAAAUCUCCUUAUUAAGAUACCCACGUUUUCUGUGGGGGAAUUUUUGUUGUUGUUGCUUAUAGCCUCCCGGGAGGUGGGGGGCAAACGCAAAGGGUCCAUUUGAGGGUGUGCAAAGGUUCAAAUUAAGGAGGAUGGGGGGUGGUGGAAGACACGCCUGCGCAAUGCAGGCAUCCUCUCUGACAUCAUUACAACCCGUGCCUUAUACACUCCGCUCGUUUACGUGUCCUCACGUGGAUGGUCCGUGACCUCUGUCCACUUCCAUUUAUGAGUGCUGUUACAUAGGCAAAUAUAUCCUCCAUAUUGACCAGGGCUGCUGGAUUCACACUUCCCUGUGGGUACAUGGAUCAGGAGCAAUCACACCGAGAGUAAGGUGUUUUGCAUCCGCGAGCGGUGGGGUGGGGGUGGGGGGGGGGGCCUUGCGGGGUAGUGAGCACGGUGAUUGCCAACUGGCUGCGUGGCAUCUCACUCCUCGGAAUGCCUUGAGGCGGCCUAGAUGUUCUUGAGAUGUUGUCGGCGGCUUUGCGCACAGCAGGAUGUUAAAACAACGGCGGCGACGGAAACAAAAAAAAAAAUCUGCAGAGAUUCCACGAGACGGUUUGUCAGUGCAGAGCGGAGACAGAAGCUGUUAAAGAACCGGGCGAGGCGUCCUCGUGCCCUUUUAUCACUGCAGGCACCGAGGCAGUUGAUCUCAUGGUGCUAUAGCCCUUCGAUUGCUUCUUUGCUUCACUUUGCGUAUACGUCAUUGUUCCUCCGAUUCCUCUUCCUUUUCCUUCGAGUUCUCACCCGCUUUGUCUUGUCCAAAAUCCUGUCAUGUUUCUCCCUCCCAGACAGAGGCGGAGCUACUCAUAAGAGAGACAUUUCUUAUAAUAUACAUGCAUGCCGAUCGUGGCGUAGUGUCAUGUUUAUGGACUAUCACAAAGAUGACAACAAUAAAUAGGUAUAUGAUCAUUUGAAAGCAUGGCAAUGUGCUUUACAACAACGUGAUGUGUUUUUUUUUUGUUGUUGUUUUUUUUUUUUCCAGCGAGAAGUUCUUUAAAGCUUGGAAGAGUGUCUGGGAUUUGUAGCCUAGCAUGAACAACCCUCCAUUCCUUUAUUCCGCUCCAUAGACACUCAAUGUGGACAUGGCUUGCGUUCACUUUAGGAUCUUACACACACACACGCACACACACACACAUAGCCUCCCCCUGCUGAGGCCUCAUGUUGCUUUUGGAGUGUUUGGGAGGUCUGUACAGUAUUUCCAACAAGGCCUCCUCUCAUUAGAAUCCAGGAGUGUGCUUGGGGACUGAGUGUGACCCCUUUCUCACCUGAGACCGCUGAUCACAGGACAUACAAAUUCAAUGUGUUCCAUGGUUUCACUUGAGCUAGUUCACUGAAGAGCUAGACGUUGACUGCUCAGACCUGUUAUGGAACAUACUCAAAUCAUUUUCGAGAAAGGUUGAAGGUUUGUCUCUUGAGUCUUGGUGAAAUGCCUGAAGAAGCCUGGCACUGCACUGUAAGGGCUCAACACUACCAACCUAUCAGGAUGGCUAUUAAUGAUUACCUUUCACAAUAAACCAUGGGGACAAAAUUCUGUCAUGAAUAGAAGUGUAUUUCUCACAUUGGCUCAUGAUUUGAACUAACUAGUAUUUAUUAAACAAACAUCCAUGGUAACUAUGACAGGAAGUCGUGUUCCGAAAGUGGAACGACAACUAUUUCUGUAAAUGUUACUUGGCCAAAUAUAAGGAGAGUCCAAGGCAACUCAUGAAUGCCUCGCUCAAUGAAAUGCACACCUUAUGUUUUGUUUUGUUAUUAACAUCGGCUGACAACAUCUGAUCGUUCCAUCGAUCUAGAAUAACCUUGCAGCCAUUUAUUGUGUCCUCCAUUUCCGGGGACUUGAAUGGAAAAUGUUAGUUUGAGCUUAUAUUCUUGGUUUGUUGGCUGGUGCAGUUAGCAUUGUUUUUGUUGUUCAUGCAGUAGUAGUCAUCGUUAGCCCCCCAUUUAUUUUUUAUUUUUUAUUUUUUUUUUUGUCUGUUCAUAACAGUUUUUGCAAAUGUGAUGUAUAUGUCAUAGGGAUUGUCCAUUACCAUGUUUCAAAGACAGUCUUUUUAAGAACCCCUUAAAAUCGACGAGCUAUUAAUGUUAAUGUACUGAGACGAGCACACAUUUAUGACAUCAAACAGCAACGUUCCAUGAAAUGUGGGUGGUGGCCUUCCUUUUACCAAACUGGACAACCAACAGAACUUCCACUUCCAGAUUUCAGUGUCUCUCAUUGGCCAUGUGGAGUUCCUGGUUAACCACACAACCCAUAGCAGCCUCUGGUCACAUGACUCAACACAAACCACACACAGAGUAGUUCAUUCAGCACGUCUUCUGUUUGCACUCACACCAACUGUCUGGUCCAAAACUGGCAGACUGUAUAGGCUACUGUUGUGUAUAGAUGUGAAGGGAAAUGGAUCCCGGAUUUUAGGGGGCGCAGGGUUGGGGGAAGGGGGUGUCAAUGCACAAUGAACAUAUCCCAUGUCACCGUUUGGUCUGAAGCCCUUUACCAUUCCAUGUUAGAUUUAGAUAUGUUGUACCUUUUGAAAAUAUUUUAUCUGUGCCGUGUGUGUGUGUAUAUAUAUAUAUAUAUAUAUAUAUAUAUAUAUAUAUAUAUAUAUAUAUAUAUAUAUAAAAUAUAUAUAUGGUUUGUUAUAUAUGAUGCGCCUCCUUUCAGAAAAAAAUAUAACAAUGUAAACAGGAAAAACAUGUUGCGUUUUUCUUUUGCUUUGUAUAUUUAUACUUACAGAAAGCAUUGAAUAAAAAUGCAUACCUACUUGCACUUUAGAUAUAUUAAGAAAAAUAUAAAUCUGCAUAUUAUUUUUGAUAGGGAUAUAAUUCAAAGAAUAUAAAUUACAGGCUUUGUGACUAUUGCUGGUCAGAGAUGUAUUGAGUUGUACUUAUUGAAGUAUAUUUUGUGUGUGUGUCAGAAAGUUUACUGAAGUAAAUUGCAUGAUAAAAUAGUGCUAGCCACCAAUAUUGUUCUAUUUUAAGUUGGUAAAAAUGUCUGAAAACUGUGAGAACAACCCUAUUGUAUGUUACAACUCUCCUUGCCCUUUCUAGAGUAUUUCCUGUCAAAAUAUGGCCUUUCCUGACUACAUAACGAUGGUGCUUAUACUUUGACUUUGAUAUCAAGCUCAUCCUGUACAUCUCAACAUCAUCACGACUCGUGAUGUUACACUCCAUUCACCAACCUAUUCAAUUUCUGUUGAUGGCAAAAAAGAAAAAAGAAAAAAAAGAAAAGGUGUGCUGUUUUGUACAGUGCUGUUUAUUUUUAAUGUUUGGGGGAGUCUUGUUGUCUGAAAAAAUUCAUGCAAUAAAAGUUCAUUCCAUGUG